AUGCCCAAAAGAAGACGUUGUGGUAGUGAUGUGGAUAAGAAGCUGCUUAAUCUAAAAAAAGAGAGACAGAGGGGAGGCGACAAUGAGGAUCAGGAGAGCCAGGAUCCACUUGAUGAAAAUAUUUUGCAGUUGCUUGGUCCCAAUGUUGCGCACAAGGAAGUUAAGGGGUCAAAUAUUCAAAAAGACCUAGCUCUUAGAUGGGAGGCUAUUUUAAAACAGGGUCUCAGUAUGGAAGAUGAAAAUACAAUUAUUAAUGGCUAUCCUAUCCCAAAGAACUUCCAAGCCUUCAACCCACCUAAGCUUAAUAAAAUAGUGUCUGCUGCCAUAACAGAUUCUGUAAUCAGAAGAGAUAUAAAAAUGUCUCUAAAUCAGACUCAGAUUGGGGCCGCGGCAUCUGCAGUGGGAUUGGCUGUUACUACUCCUUUAAAGGAGAAGAGCACAAUAGCAUUAUAA